AUGCAAUUGGGUGAAAGCCUUAAACUUUGUGUUGCUGAUACUAUGAAAACUGACUAUCGACAAACUCUCGAUCUCGAGGCGAGCGGAAAUCAGGUUGCCUUAGCCGGGAAGUCUAUCGGUGCCAGUUUCGAGACGUUCAUCAUGGAUGAUAUAAAUGGAAAUUUACCCAGUUAUGAUUGCCGGCUCCUUAACACUAAUCGUGUCUACGACAACGACGGUGAGGAUCUACUGGGUCAAGGUUUUUUCAUCCUCGAGGUCAUUGUGGAACAAAGGGUAUAUGUAACGGCUACCGACACCUUGACAAUAGAGCAAGUAACAAGUCUUGUCGGAUUGGGUUUCAAUCGAGGUGAUGGCGGUCGAGUCAAGUUUCGGUCUUUGCUACAACAGUACGAAGCGUUCGAAAGCAUCUUGAAUGUUGAAGUAUUAGAAAGUGUAUCGUCACCACAGGCCGCCCCUUCGUCCAUACCGAGUACUUUUCCAUCCGGCAAGCUCUCCUUUGCUCCAUCUCCAGCACCAACUAUAACGCCAUCAGCUGUACCUACGGAUCAACCGUCGCAUCGUCCCUCGAUAUUCUCGACUGCUAUGACUACGAACUCACCAUCUUUCCCGCCAUUCAAUGUACCAAUGUCAUCAACACCUUUGAAAGCUCCAACACUACUGCCUGCGGCUUUGCCCACAACUUUGGCCCCAAGUUCUCCGAGCUCGUCCAAGUCCAACAAUGAUGGUUUACCUUUAAUUAUCGGCACAACUAUUGGGGGGGUGUUGACUAUGCUGGUGUGCUGUUUUUUCGUCUUUUGUGUAUGGUUUCCCUAUUGGCGUGAGGGGAACACCGGCGACGGCAAUGGGCCGAAUCGGCAAUUUGAAACGAGCAGUCAAAUGUCAUCGGGACGUGACACUAUUGUCCCGGGUGUGGUUCAGUUGGAUGAUGCGUCCUUGGCUAAUACUACUUUGGGAGAUGAGACAACAGAUGGUGGCUUUCGCAACAAUUCUGCCGAGAGCAAGAGACCGCAAUAUUCGUUUCUCAAACCAGCCCCAAUCGCAUCAAUGGACAGUUUUGACGAGAGCUCUCUGUACACUUCACCCGGACCACCCGCUAGCAACGCAAACCAAAGCAGUUUACGCAUAAGUUCCAUAGCCAUGGCUGCGGUAAAGCCCCCGGUUAUGUCCAAGAUUGACACAUCCAUGGAACUGAACCCCAGUCUGAGCCUUGCCCUUCACUUUGAAGACGACAUCGUCUUUCCCUUGUCUGAGAGUAAAACGGAUUGGAGCACCGAAAAGCGAGCUACAGUGCACAAGGAUUCCAUGCAUUCGGUGCUCACGGGCGGCGGAGUCGUGGAUCUAGAUGAGGUUUAUUUCUUUGAUGACGACGAGUCGAAGGAGGAAGGCUUUGAGCGAGUGCCCGGUAUACCUGGCAAACUGGCAAUUACGUCUUCUAAGAGUGACGAAGAAAAAGCUCGCAAAGUGUCUCAAUCAAUGGAAGAAGGUACUAGAGGUUUCGAUCCAUUUGACGAAGAGAAGUCUGGGUCGUCGUCGUCGUUCACUUUUGACAACGGAGUGGAGACGGCUGAGAUCUUCAAAGAAGACUCCUCGUCCGAUACGGAAGAAGACGAGAGUUUGCCCGUGACUAACCCACACCAGUCCAAACGAGUGAUGCCCCUGCUGUCAGGGAGUACUCCCGAGGCCAACGAUACCCAAAGAGGCAUUCAGCCUUGUGAUGUGCAUAGACGAAAGUUGAUCAACAACAUUGGAGAAGGCGCUCUGGAUACAAUAGAACUAAACAGGAAUGGGCACGAUAGCAAAGGCGACGAUACCCAAAGAGGCAUUCAGCCUUGUGAUGUGCAUAGACGAAAGUUGAUCAACAACAUUGGAGAAGGCGCUCUGGAUACAAUAGAACUAAACAGGAAUGGGCACGAUAGCAAAGGCGACUUAAAAGAGAAGCAGAGAGAAGCACGCCUCUCAAGGUCAGCAAGAAAGAACAAUUCGUUGCUCCGGAAUGUUCUAGAGGAUGCCCGUCGUUUAGCUGAGGCUGCAACUUCUAACAAUCGUUCCAGAGCUUCUCGAAAGACGGCACCACCGCGAAUUGUCGACAAAAUCAAACGCAACUCGCACGAUAGCCAGCCUUUUGAUUUACUAGCUGAUACAUUAGACGUGAAGGAGUCUCUUUCUCUUGCUUCGGCAAAACGCCCCGCGCAUUCCACGAAAGGGAAGGUUGUCUCAAAGAUGACUGCUGCGCGGUCGAGAGGAAGCGGAGAUUUGACAAGCGACAAUGAUCAUGCUAGAAUUAAGGCCUUUGCAAGUACACAUCUCUUCCGCAGUCGUCUUCUGGGCAAAAGAGAGGCAGGGACUGGUCAGCAUAGUUUGCCUUCAUCAACCACUUCGAAUUCUUCAUUGCGGCUAACUGUAAAUGUUGAAGCUGAAAUCACUGAUGCGACGUCUGCUUUCGAUGCCAGCUCGGUCCUAACCUCUGCAAAUCCAAGAGAUUCUCCACAAGGCAAGUAUGCUGGUCAAUGCCCGGAAAACCAGAGUGUAUUGUCACCCCCCAACAACAUAGAAAUUUUAUACCCAAACGGAAAAAUAACCGUACAGGACGAUUUGUCAUGCACACGGGAAGGCGCUCCAAAACCUUUGUUAACUGAUGCGGUGGAUAAAGCUCCUGAAGCUUGUUCUACAACUGAUAUUAAGUCGACAAGUGUAUGGUCGAUCGCGCAAUCAUCUCAACCACAACGGUCUCGAAAUUCACGGUGUGGGUCAAUAUCAAGUACGGGACGACAGCUAGAAAGAUCGCCGGUAUCUACCCAGUCACGGCGGCAGAAUCGGCGCCUUUUGCGUGAUGAGAUUGGGAGCUCCAGUCGCACCUUUUCUUCCGCCCCAGAGAGGUCCCAAGGAGAAGAAAAGAGUUUGGGUGACGACACCCUGCCUCUGGCAUUUGAACAGGAUUUGGAAAGGCUUAAGCUGCAGCUCGUAGAUAUCGUGCGCACCGAUGCAUUCAAGGUUGGUCCCUCUUCAAUAACAGCGUCUAAGACAAAUCGAUCCAUUGCCUUCGUCAGGAAGAAUAAGAAAGACCAAAUUGUUGUCAUCGUCCCCCCAGGGAAGGUUGGAGUGGUUCUCGCAAAUCGGUACGAUGGAAAGGGAACGAUGGUGUCGGAAGUUCGGCCUUCUUCAGCUGUUCAUGGGGCCAUUUUCCCCGGAGAUGAAAUUGGUACGUUAGUGACUGUGCUUACGAUUGUUGUCGCCAACAUUGCUUGA